CUAUGGGCCAUGUGAGAACCUUCACUUACCCACUUCUUGGAAACAAGUCUGCUCACUGGGCAGGUGCGAGAGGGAAGGGGCAGAAGGAACCAGGUUUUCCUCCUGAUUGCAUCUUUGCUCUCUCUUUCAGGACUUUGAAUAUGUCGGGGAUUGCUCUCAGCAGACUCGCCCAGGAGAGGAAAGCUUGGAGAAAAGACCACCCAUUUGGUUUUGUGGCUGUCCCGACAAAAAACCCCGAUGGCACAAUGAACCUCAUGAACUGGGAGUGCGCCAUUCCAGGGAAGAAAGGGACCCCUUGGGAAGGAGGCUUGUUUAAACUACGGAUGCUCUUCAAAGAUGACUAUCCAUCCUCACCUCCAAAAUGCAAAUUUGAACCACCAUUAUUUCACCCGAACGUGUACCCUUCAGGCACUGUGUGCCUGUCCAUCCUCGAGGAAGACAAGGACUGGAGGCCAGCCAUCACGAUUAAGCAGAUCUUAUUAGGAAUACAGGAACUUCUAAAUGAACCAAAUAUCCAAGAUCCAGCUCAAGCAGAGGCCUACACAAUUUACUGCCAAAACAGAGUGGAAUAUGAGAAAAGGGUUCGAGCACAAGCCAAGAAGUUUGCACCCUCAUAAGCAGCGACCUGCGGCAACAUCAAAAGGAAAGGAUUGGUUUGGCAAGAACUUGUUUACAACAUUUGCAGAUCUAGCGUUGCUCUAUACAAUUACUAGUCACCUAGGGGAGGUGGGCGGGCGCCAUUUUCCAUUUCCGCCACUGGUACACAGUUCUCCACUUGCUGAAUUGCCCAGUUUUUCAUACAGGGUCUCUUCCUUCAGUCUUUUGUAUUUUUGAUUGUUAUGUAAAACUUGCUUUUAUUUUAAUAUUGAUGUCAGUAUUUCAACUGCUGUAAAAUUAUAAACUUUUAUACUUCUAUGAGUCCCUGAGGAGCUAGUUCCCUUUGCUCGCGGGUGCAGGCAUGCUUCCCACUGUCCGAGCCACACGUAGCCUCCAGCUGGCUGUAUGAAAAAGAAAUCAGCCUGUCCCCUGCCCUCGCGCCUCUGUCCUUCGCUCUGCAGAACCCGGGUUGUGUUGCUAUGAGCCUCAGAUCCAAAGUCAGCCAGCCUCUUGUUUCCGCAUCACUUCCUUUGUGUUUAUAUGGCGUUUUGUCUGUGUUGCUGUUUAGAGUAAAUAAACUGUUUAUAUAAAGGUUUUUGUUGCAUUAUUGUCAUUAAAAGUAUGAGGAGGCAGCCUCGGGGUGUCUCCCCACCCCCUUCUGCAGCUGCAGGCCCCACAGAGCACAGGCCUCGGCCCCAGCAGGUCUCGCUGCCUAUGCCUGGGUCCUACAUGGCACUUGUCCUGGUCCUUUGUAAAUAGUGGUAUGUACAGAAAUGGUGUGUGUCCAGGGUUUCUGUCUAUCCCACCUGGGUCUUUGGGCUGUAGAGCACUAGAGUUCAGAUCUGGUCAAGUUGGAACUGGUGUCAAGACCCUUCUAAAGGGCACACUGCCUGAGCCAUCAGGAGGAGAAGCCUAAACCCAGGCCAGGGUGGCUGAGCCAUGGCAUGUAGCCACCUCACAUCUGGCACUGCCCUUGGGCCUUUGCAUGUAGCAUCCUGGCCUUCCCCCGCUCACCGCAUUAGCCCCCACCCCUGGGUACAGGUAGUCUCAGGCACUGGGACACCCCUAUAGAGCAGCUCUGAGGGCCACUGUCGCAUGUUCUUUGUCUUCUGAAGCGUUCUGAACCUGGUUGCCCAAGGAGGCCACUCUCAGAAAGAACCCUGGAACCUGAGGCCACAACAGUUUCCAGGAGUUGGCUGCUGGUUCUAUCAGAAGCAAUCCUGGGCCCUGGCUCUGCGGGAAGGUGCCAUAGAUGGAGACAGGAAGUGACAGAAGGGGACCUGGCCUCUGGGUCCCAGUGAACACAGAGCUGACCAGUACAGAGGUCCAGGGCUGGCCCUGUAUCAGCCGGCCUUGCCAUUGCCCUCCCACCCCAAGGACCCUUGUCAGAACCAGGUUGCCUGUGGCUCUGGCAUGUAGACUGACGUGGAGAUGGUCCCCAAAGGGGUGAGAAACACAAGAAGGGCUGGUGAUCCAGGCCCUUGGCCAGGAAGGGGUGCCUCUGUUCACCCCAAGAAAUGUGGCCCCCUCAGCCGACAGCAUGGCCCGAGGGCCCAGUGCCUUGUUCACUUGCUUAGCUGGACAUCUGUUGGGUUGCUGAGCUCUGAGCUCUCAGUUUGAUGUUCAUGGUUAUUCCUAAUGCAGAGGGCCUUAUGCGGGGGGUUCAGUGGGUCGUGUGUGUGUAUAGCCCCUCCCAGAAUGUCUUAUUUUGUAAUGACUGAACUACACUUAGUAAUAGUUACACAUGUAUAUGGUUAAUAUAUAUGGAAAUGCAAUAUAUUUUCUAGUUAAAGCAUUCUAAAGUAAUCGAUGUUUCUAGCACAUUGUCGUGACUUUGGCUAAUGAAAUGUCCUUUUGUGCCACAGUUCUUGGCUUAACAAAGAUGUGAAUCUUGUAACAGGAGAACUAUGAAAUGUGAUCAUUCUGUUUCUACUGUAAGGGAAGAGAGUGUGUUCCUAGCAUGAGGCGCCUAAUUAGUGAGGAAUUGUGGGCAAUAGAUUAACCACUGUAUCUAAGAAUCCUCUAAUUAAAACAUUUCCACAAA